AUGAGCUGGGCGGUGGAGGAGUGGAAGGAUGGACUUCCAGGGAAAGCCCUGCAGAAGAUCCAGGAGAUGGAAGCUCAGCUAGACAAACUGAAGAAGGAGAGGAGCCAAAAACAGUUUCAGGUGGACUCUUUAGAGGCCGCACUGCAGAAACAGAAACAAAAGGUGGACAGUGAACGCACUGAGAUGUCUGCUAUGAAAAGGGAGAACCAGUCCUUAGUAGAGUCAUGUGACUCUCUGGACAAAGCCCGUCAAAAGGUUGUCCAUGACCUGGGAGUCAAAGAGCAGCAGGUGAGCUACCUGGAGGGUCAGCUCAGCUCCUGCAAGAUGACCAUAGAACGACUGGAGCAGGAGCUGAAGAAAUAUAAAAAUGAACUGGAUCGCUCUCAGACUGCUGGCAAUUCCUCCAUGUCAUCCUCUUCCGCAGAGCUUCAGCCCUACAGCACUCCACAGAAAAGUUUCUCCACUCCAGCUCCUGUGCAGACUUACAGACAGCAAGAUAACAAACUAGAAGAUCUUCAGGAAAAAUACAGCCAGGAGGUGGAAGAAAGAAAGAGGCUGGAGACUGAACUCAAAGUCCUGCAGGUCAAACUGUUGAAUCAGUCGUCAGUCAGUGUAAGCCACAAGGACAUUGCUGCCCGCCAAGCUGGAUCUUCCAUAUUCCCAUGGCAACAGAAAGAUCAGGCCCAUUGCCGCCAGGAUGCAAUGGAAACGCCUCUGAAGAGGCGGGGGGCAUCUCUGUGGGACGCCCACGAGGAGACACCUAUCAAAUCCUGCCAGAGGAUGAGCUCUUCUUCCAGAGUAGUACAGAGUCCUAGUGGGUCCUCCCAUCAGAUGGAGCAGCUAAAGACUCUCAACCAAGAGCUGCGUGGCCGUGUGUCAGAGCUGGAGAGGAAUCUGUCCAAUCAGGAGAAGGAAAUCCGUGGCCAGGCUUCCAAACUGCAAGAUCUACAAACCCAACUCAACCAGGCCCGCAAAGACCUGACUGAACGGGACAGAGACCUGGCCAAGACCAGCCACGAGUUGAGUCAGGCCACAGACCGACACCAGCAGCUUGAAGCCAAGUGUUCAUCAGUUGAGCAGAAGCUGAAACAUGUCACAGAGGAGAUGAGUUGCCAGAGACACAAUGCUGAGAGCUGCAAACGAGCCCUGGAGCAGAAACUCAAGGACCAGGAGAGAGACAGUCAGAAGGAGCUGGCCCAGCUGCAGAGUGCUCACCAGGCUUUGGACCAGCAGCUGAACCAGACCAAAAAUAAGCUUACACAAGAGAUCGAACAGUCCAAAAAAGAGUACAACAUACUUCAGGCUGACAUGGAGAAGAUGAGUGUCCAGAAGAGUCAGAUGGGGAAGGAGGUGGAGGACCACAAACAGAAACUGCUGAGGUCAGAACAGAGCCUCCAGGCCAGCCAGACCAAAGAGCAGGACUUCCGCAAGAAAAUGGAGGAGUUGCAGAAAGAGAAGAACUGCACAUCUGUUCAGUUGGACCAGAGCACUAGGCGUCUGUCUCAGCUGGAGGAGGAGAAAAAGGCCUCAGACCAGAGUUUCAAACGCACCCAAGGACUACUAGAUGACCUUAAAGCUAAAUCACAGGGGCAGGUGGAGGAGCUGAAGAGACUUCAAUCCAAACUGGAGCAGCAGACUCAGGCUUCUUCCCAUGAGCUGGAAAACUUGAAGAAGACACUCUCUGAUGCAGAGACCAAAAAUGACAGGUUUCAGAAGGAACUGCAGCAACAGAAGCAAGAGACCGAGCAGCUGACGAACAGGUUGAGUGCCACAGAGAAGGAGAGCCAAGAGAUUAAAAACAGCCUCACUGUGAGUCAGAGCGAAUGUAAGGAACUGAAACAGGAACAUCAAACUCUGCUAGAGUGGAAGAAGGAGAAGGACACCCUGAUUAAUGAAACUGAGGCGGUGCAAAAGGAGUUCACCGACAAAAUUGGCACCUUGGAGAACAGUCUCAGCUCACUGAAUGAAACUAUAGAUGAACUUAAGAAGCAGCUCAGCAGUGUCGAGGGAGACAAAGCCAGCCUGUCUGCUCACAUUGACUCCUUGAAAGGAGAACUCCUCAACAAGUGCACAGAGUUGGAAGAGAAGGAGCAUCUGUACAAUGAGCUCCAGUCUAAAUUCUCUGAGGCUGGACAGAAGCACACCAAAGACCUGGAGAAUGUUGGUGUGCAGGUGACACAUCUUGAAGCACAGGUAAAAGACCUGGAGACACAGUUGGGAAAAGAAAUAGCUCGAGCAGAACAGGCUGAGAGGACCAUCACUCAGCUGCAGGACGAGCACCAGACAGCCUGUGACCUGGCCCACUCCAAAGACCAGCUGAUUGAACUGGGUCAAGCUGAAAUCAACCAGCUGAGGGAGAGCUUAGCACAGGCCACUGCACAACAGGAGGAGCAAAAUAUCAGGCUGACUGAGGAGAAGGCAGCCCUGAUGAAGCAAUGUGAGGAGAGUGUUGCAACGAAGGCUGAGGAGACCGAGCAGGUCAAGCUACAAAUGGAGGAGGCUCAGCAAGAGCUUCUGCUCACCAAAAACCAGAUCAGUUCUAUGGAUCAGUUCCUGAAGGUUCAGGAGCAACUGGGAGCAGAGCUGCAGAAGCAAAUUAAGACACUGUCUGAGAAAGAAGAGGAACACAAAAAGAUGUACGAGGAAAAAUCAGAAGAGCUCAAACAGUUAGAGGAGGAGCUGAAGGGUCUGCAGAGUCAGAUGGAGGAGAAGGAGAAUCAGCUUAGAGAGGAUGCAGCUCAGAUUUUGUCUCUGGAGAAACAAAAUGCAGAGGUGGAGACUGUUGUUCAAGAGAUGAAGGAAGAAGCAGAGAUCCUCGCACAUGGUCAGGCUGAGAAGAUAAACAACCUUCUGGUGCAAAUAGCUUCCUUAGAAGAAGAGAUAGCUGCAAACAAAGAUGCUGCAGAGAAGCUUCCAUUGUUGAAGGACAAACUUGAUGCAGUCAACCAGUCCUACGCUGACCUUAAAAAGUCUCUAGAAGCUCUUGAGAAGAGUCACUCCUCUGCCGUCGAAAUCAAGUCCAACUUGGAGAACACCCUCACUGAGAAAAUUAACUUGAUCUCUACGUUAGAAAAAGAGGUCAAAGAGCUCACAGAGAAGAUGAGCAAAGAGUCGGAGAAUCAUGCUUUGGAGACUGAAAGUUUCUUGAACAAAGAGAAGAGCCUUAAAGAGCAGCUUGAAACCGCUGAGCGAGCAGUGGCUGCUGCCAAAGCGGAAUUGGCUUCUCGUCGGGACGAGAUCAAGACCAUGAAGACGACCCUGUCUGCAGCUUCACGUGGCCUGGAAGAGAGAGAUGGCACAAUAAAGAGUCUGAAGGAGAGGCUGAAUAAAGCAGAGGCGGAGCAGACCAAAACAUCAGAUCACUUGAAAGAGAAGAUGGUUGCCAUGAACAAAAUCAAGGUUCAACUGGAGAUGCUUCAAAUGGACCUGGAGGACAAUGAGACAGCCAUGAACUCCUUUGACAGUCAGAUAGAGGAGCUGAAGGGAACUAUAGAGUCACUGGAGGCUCAGCUAGCACAGAACCAAACCCAGAUGUCUGACAUGAAGGUCUGUCUGGAGGACAGCAAAGCCCAGGUGUCUGUCUUGGAGGGCCGCUUAGAAGAGGUCCAGUCUCAGAACUCUUUGCUGGAGACACAAUAUGUCACAGCUAAGGAGGAGCUGUUGGAGAGGAGCAAUGACAUAACUCGUCUGGAAGAGGACGCUGUCCAACUAAGCCAACUGGAGAUGGAAGUUUCUACACUAGAGUCUAAACUUAGUCAGAUCACAGUGGAAAAGGUCAAGUUAGAGACAAGUCUCAGGCAGAUAAUCGAGGACAAAAACAAUAAUGUCAACCAGCUACUUCAGGAGAGAAACAGCCUUGAGACUACUUUGAAACAGUUAACAGAUGACAAAGAGCAAGUAGAAGGUGACAUGAUGCAAAUAACUAUAAAGAAGAAGCAGUUGGAAGCCAACCUAGACAAGCUAGGUGAGGAGAACAAACAACUGCAGAGCAAUGUUGAGCAGUUAACUGAAGAAAAGCAGCAAGCAGAGGCAAACAUGGAACAAAUGACUGCAGAAAAACAAGAAGCUGAAUCAACCCUGAGGCAGCUGGUUGAGGAGAAAUCCCAACUAGAUGUUACUCUGAAUCUGAUGAAUGAGGAAAAAUCCCAAUUUGAGGCUAAACUAAGUGAACUAUCCUCUAAGAUAAACAAAUUGGAAACUAAUUUGAAUCAAGUAGCUGAAGGAAAGCUUCAACUGGAAAUAAAUAACAAUCAUCUGACUGAAGAGAACAUGAAACUGCAAUGCAGUGUUGAUCAAAUCACUGAAGAUAGGCUGCAGUUACAAGAGAGCUUGGAGAGGCAUGAAGAAGAGGUGGCUUCCCUCAAAGAGGAGAAGGAGGGUAUCCACCGCUCCCUCUUGUUGUCAGAGCAGGAGCACCAGAGACUGAAGGAGCAGCUUGAAAUCAGGGACAAGAGAACAGAGGAAGAGAACAGAGAGAGGAGCCAACAGUUUGAGGCAGAGCAGGCUGAGCUGCAGCAGAAGCUGGCUGGUUUACAAAAAGAGCUCAGUGUGUUCAAGCAGCAGUACGAUACACUGCUGGAGCAGGUGGGCCAACAACACAGCCUCAUACAGCAGCUGUCUGAAUCACAGGGAACCCCGAGUUCAGAAGAGAAGCUCAGCAACAUGGAGUCUGAGGAGACAGAAAUCUGUGGUGAGUAAUCAGCAGACCAUGCUAACAUGGAGUCCAGCAUGGAGAAUGAACUUGAGGACCUUCCAGUAAAGGAACAGCUUAGCUCUAAGGUGUCUGAACUGGGUGAACUUUCCAUUCAGUCAGACGAGGCUUUCAGUGAGUCAGAGCUGGUUUCCAAGGGAAACAUCAUUGAACAAGCGAUGAUCCAGGAGCAUCUGGAGGAGAAGAGGGAUGCAUGUGCUGCUGAUGAGGAAAUGAGUAGAAACGAGGAGGUGCUCCAUCAACAGCAACCUUUGGACAUUCUUGAAAUUGAACCUGAAAACUGUGAGCCAUCUCUUCCUUCUUCUUCUUCUCCGGAUGAGACCAGAGAGCUCAAAUCCUCUGUGACAGAGUCAUUCCAGUCACAAGAUGACCUCGACCACUACAAGGAAACAAUCACAAAUCAAGAAAAAGAAAUCCAGACCCUGCGUGCAGAGUUUGACUUGCUGAGCUCUGACUUUGCACUGAGAAAGGAGCUGAACUCUGACUUGGAAGUCCAAGUUGAGAACUUAGAGAAGAAAGUUCGUUCAGCAGAGGAAGAAGCACAAAGUGCAGCAUAUAAGCUGAAGGUUGCUUUGGACGAGAGGAAAGACCUUAAUGAUCAGACGGCUCGACUGUCAGAGGAGAGGGAGACAUUAACCCUGCAGCUGCAAACAGCUAAAUGCCAGCUGGCUGAUGUUAUGGAGAUGCUGGAAGGACUGGAAAUGGCCAAAGGUGGAUGGGAUGAGAAGUUCCUUCAGCAGGAGAGUGAGCUGAGGAGGAUUCGCUCUGAGAAAGCUAACCUGGAGCAGCACUUCCUGGGUAUGGAGGGUGAGCUGGAGACUCUGCAGGACGAGCGCAACACACUGAAGGAUGAUAUGGAAACUCAGAGGAGAACGUGUUCAAACAUGGAGCAGCAGAUAGAAACACUCAUGACUGAGACGACCCAGCUGAGAUCUGAACUCGUGUCCAUAUCUGAGGAGAGAGACGAGCUGAACCAGUCUUUAGGCCAGUGGAGAGAGAAAGUUCGUAGUUUGGAGAAGACUAACUGUGACACCAGAAACUUAAUCUCCAUCCUGGAGGAUGACAUCAGAGCAGGGAGGAAAGAGUAUGAAGCUCUGCAAAGCAACAUGGAGAAACUGAAGACACAGAGGCAACAGCUGUUGGAGCAGGUUAAGACACUGGAGCAGGAAAUCUCCCAACAGAGUGGAGAAACAGAGCAGCUCAUCGGACAGCUGGACAAAAUCAAAGAAGACAACACUGAGUCCAAUCAAAACACUGAGUCCAUGGUCAGCAAGAUACAGGCUUUAGAGGGAGAAGUGACUCGUCUGUCACAGUCUCUAGAGUCUUCUCUACUCGAAAAAGGUGAGAUCGCCUCUCGUCUGAACUCCACGCAAGAUGAGAUCCAGCAGAUGAGGACCGGUAUUGAAAAGCUCCAGGUCCGCAUCGAGUCUGACGAGAGGAAGAAAAAGAAGAUGGGAGAGCUGCUCAAAGCUGCUCAGAGAAAGUCUGACUCACUGCAAGACCGCAUUGAUGCCCUGGAGCGAGAGAAGGAACAGACGGAGCAAGAUCUAGAGGAGGCAGUGCUACAGGCUGAGACAGCCAAAGCUGAGCUGGAGGAGGAGAGAGGAAAGGUGGAAGAAGAGAAGAGAGAACUCAAUGAGAAACUGUCUGAACUUUCUGCCACGCUGGACAACUUGAGAUCUGAGAAAGAACGCAUGGAGCAAGAACUAGAAUCAAAAAACAGAGCGAUAGAGGAACUGAAGGCAGCUAAGGAGGAGCUUGAGAGAGGGUUGGAGAAAGCAGAGACGGAGAGAAGAGAAGAAGAAGAGAGACAGAAAUAUAGGGUUGAAGAGCUGGAGAAAGGAAUGAGAGAGGAAGCAGAGAGGCAAACAAAACAAGUAGAUGACCUCCAGGCACAGCUGGAAGCUUCUCGGCAGACAGAGAUCUCACUUGGACAAAAAAGCGCAGAAACUGAGGGGGAGAAAGCGAGGAUGGAGUCUCUGCUGGUAGAGUUGGAAAAAGAGAAACAGUCUCUGCAGAGCUCUCUAGAGGAGUGGCAGACAGAAAGAGAGAGUCUCCAUUCUCAGGGAGAGGAGUGGGAGAAAGAGAGAAACAAUCUGAAGUUUAGUAUUGAGGGUCUGGAAGAAGAAAUCAAAGAGCUUCAGACACUCAUAAAAACUAAAGAAGAAGAGAGAGACAUGUUGGACAAGGAGAAAGAGAAGGAGGCAGAACAGAAACAAGCCUUAAUGAAAUCCAUCUCAUCUCUGAAGGCAGAGAAAGAACAGAUAGAAGGAGAAAAUGGGCGCCUGGUAGAGGAGAAAGAGAAAUUGCACUCAGCCCUUUUGUCAGUAGAACAAGAGAGAGAUAGCCUGCGCUGCACUCUUACAUCUGUAGAAGAAGAAAAAGAUAAACUUGAGCAAGAGAGAAAAGUGUUGGCAGAUGAGAAUGAGAAGCUUCAUUCUAACGAGGAGAAAGACAACAUGCAGCAAACUCUUUCUUCACUGCAGCAAGAGAAAGAAAGAAUAGAGGAGGAAAGACAGAAGCUAGAGGCUGAAAAACAUGAACUACAGUCUUCUCUUUCAUUGAUUGAAGAAGAGAAGGAGAACUUGUCUUCAGCUGUUUCUUCACUGGAACAAGAGAAGCAAAAAGCAGAGGGAGAGAAAGAGAAACUCGCACUGUCCGUCUCUCAGCUCAGUGAGCAGGUGUCGGAGCUUUCGUCUCGUGCUGCUCGUCUGUCUAAAGAGAGAGACUCCGCCCACAGCAAGAUGAGUCUUUGGAUGAAGACCUGCAAACAGCUGGAGGAGGAAAAGCAAAGUGUGUUAAACAGCUCAGGAGAAAGAAGGAGCCUUGAGGAGGUACACACUGAGGUGAACCAGCUGAAGACACAGGCAGAGGAGAGGAAGAAAGAAUUGGAAGACCUGAAGACAGCCCUGGAGGAGAGGAGGUUGGAGGCUGAAGAAAAGAACAAGGAGGUAGAAGAUCUUAAGGCUGCGCUUGAUGGAAAGAAAGCAGAACUGGAGGAGAUGAAGAGUGAAUUGCAAGAACUAAACCAACUUGUGGAGGAGAAGAGCAGGGAGACAGAUGAGAGUAUGGAUAAGUACUGCAACUUGAUGGUUGAAUUCCACAAACUGGAAGAGACCAACGAUGCGCUGACAACACGGCUGGAGCAGAUCACUGCUAGCAAACACACUCAUGAAGCGAGUGUUCCGUCGAGCAGCUCUGACAGCCGCCGACGCUCAGCAAGGAAAUCUGUCUCCAAACAUCAGGAAAUUAAACUAGAUGACAACACUGAGAACAUGGCUCCUUCAACACCUCAGAGGUCUCCACCGGGUUCUGCUUCAGGGAAAAGAGGUCACCGUGAAAUCAGUAAUAAAGACAGCGCGCAGGAGGCACUUCACAACCUGACAAAGAAGAUCAGAGCCCACGCAGUGACCACGCCGAAACCAAAAACUCAACAGGAAGAUGAGGAGUUCAGGCCGGAGGGACUUCCUGAGCUGGUGCAGAGAGGUUUCGCUGAUAUUCCUCUUGGGGAGGCCAGUCCGUUCAUCAUGAGGAGAACCACAGUGAAGCGCUGCAGUCCUCGACUGGCCGCCAAACAGACCUGCACUACAUCUGAUGCCUCCACAUCUGGAUCUGACAGCAAGGUUUUGGGACCUUUAUCCCUCCAGAGUCCCUCCGCUGGUACAACAGCAGACAACUCCAACAGGAAGGACAAACAACUUUUAAGAGAACAAACACAGCAAGAAGACAACUGUCACGUUCAAUAGAUCAAAGUGCACACACAGUCCGACACCUGUGAUUUAUUUAUAGAAUUAAGCACAUUUACACUCGUAGAUACAAAAGUUAACAUUCCACUUUUUCCACUUUUUCUAAAAAAUGUUUUAGUAAAGACACAUUUAUGUUUAUUCACAUUCAUCCUAAAACAGAUGCACCUUUUUUUAAUUUCAUUUUUAUAGACUGUGUGUGUCACUUAGUUUUAUUUUAAAGACCUCACCAGUCUUCUCCCUGCUCUUGUUGUUCACUGAAAGUCACAAUGACAAAUCACCAUAGCAGGAAGAGGAGGCAGGUUGCAACACAAAAGACAUCACAAGGCAACUUUAAGUCUAUUUUAACUUUAAGUGCUGAUUUUCUUCAUAUCACUACAUUUCAUUAUGCUCUGUUUUAAGUGAUUGUUUUUGUGUGUCAGUUGUUUUUCUAACAUUGUUUUUGUGCCUCUGAAUGUUAACCAACUGUUUGUUCCUGUACAGUCCAUCUUCAUCUCUUCAGCCUUAAUAGUCUUUGUGUCUUUGUCUCUGACUCACUCUUCGUCCUUUAUGUCCUGAUGCACUGUUCUUGAUGCGUGAACUUUGUAAAUAGUAGAUGAUGUAGACAGUUGUAACUGCAACGUCCCAUUGAUCUGUAACAUAUCACUUGAUCGCUUACGGCAGCUAAGGUUUAGACUUUCUGUGCUCACUCUGUUUCAGAUUUUCUAGAUAUUUUUAUAGAUUAACUCAGAAAGUAAUAUGUUUGUUUUUCUUUAAACUAAUUGUUGUAGCAUCUCUGCAUUUUAUCAGUUCUGUUUUUUAUUUUCAUAUUUAGGUAUAGAUUAUAUGAUCUGGUAUCUUGUUGUAUGAUCAAGGUUAUUGGUCGUUGUAAAUAGUUAA